ACCUUUGCUUUGGUGGAUCAUCGCUAGAUUUUUUCAUUUUUUUUCGCGGAAUCGUUAACGGAGGACCCAAAUCGAGAUCAUUGGUGCCCCGAUAGUGUUGCUCCCCUUCUCUUCCCCGUCUUUCUCUCCCCUCCUCUGACGAGUGCCGAGCACCACCACCCACUUGCGCCGCCGGUGGAGGCGGGCUCAGCGGAGGUGCUCUCCUCGCCAGCGUCGAUCCUGGCCGCGCCGGACUCAAUCCAGGUUCGCGCGAGGAGGAGGCGCGCGGGACCGAGCUCGCCCUACUACCGUCGGUGAGGCGCCGUUCACCACCGAGGUUUCCUUCCUCUCUUUCCCUCUCCCUCUCUUCUCUGUCGUGAAAUGUCUUCCCGCCACAAGAAACUACCGAGACGGGAGCGGGGAUGCAUCUCCUAGAUUUGAGGGAGAGAUGAGGGGUUUUGAGUAGUUACUUAAAAAUUUUAGGUAUUGGUAACGGGGUAGUUAAUCGGUUGGUGCCCUCUCAAUUACCUAUGUGGCAGGUUUUCAGUAUUGGGGAUGAGGCAAGUAUAUGUUGGAGAUGCUCUUAAGCAUAAUCCUGGGUAGUGCUAGUUUGGGAGUGAUGGCGAUUGUCGAAGUUCCAGUUGAUUUGGGAGGGGUUAGGGUUUAGCCUAGCGCUGCAACAUCCUCAAGACCCACACCUGUCGUUCGUUCCCCAGAUUUAGCUCUACCACUUUGAAAUACUGUAGCUUAGUAGCCACAGCGGCAGCCAUAGGAUAGGAAACGAGCAGGCUGCUUGGUGCGGAGCUCGGUGGUGGAGCCCCGCUCCCCAACCCGCCAUCUGCGAGUUCGGCCCAAGCCCCAAGGUAUGAUGCCGUCUCUCCCUGCCCCUUUCCUCAUGCGGCCUCGUUUGGUGACUGUGUCUGCCGACCCAUAUGUGCUGGUUCUGCAGGCUGUGAGGUGGCGUGGGCUUGGAAAAUUCUGAACUUUUGCUCAGGAUUGGUGGCCCCAUUAGUUGGAGCUAGCUGUGUAUGUCAGACCGAUUAGCAGGAAUCGACAUGGUGACCAAGUGCACCUAGUGGUUGAGAUCAGAGAUUUUGAUCGACUGCAUUUCUCUACAGAACUUCAGAUUCAGGCGACAUAUUGACUUUGCCAAAGGAUUAGUCUUGUUCAGUUUAUUUAGCGCAUGGCGUACACAAAUAGUGAUACCGAGGAACAUUGGUGCCUUCAGGGAAUCCAGAUUCAGGUGGUCGACAUCAUGAAUCCCAUACUGGCUGCGAAAGAGAUUAAUCACUCUAAGCUUAAUCUGAUCACCCUUUAGACAAUCAUUUAGUAGCAAACCUUCAGCCAGCCAAUAAUCAACUAGUUGUUCCUUACUAAUAGAUCCAUGUGGGAAAAAAGGAGUGCAAUAUAGAAAGCACUGUUGUUGGGUGGGUUUCAGCUUGUCGUAGCUGUAUUUGAGUCGAUAAAACAUUUCAUCACAUGUUCAUUGUUGAACAAAUGAUGUCAUUCCUUGAUUUUUUCUUCUAAUUACAUUUUAUAGAGUUCUCACUAAUCUGCUGCAUUUUGCUCUUCCUCAACUGAGUUGACAAACUUAUUUCUUUCAGUCUGUGGCUUGCUUAUACUUGGUAGAAUAUUAGAGUCAAGCAUCCAGGUACGGCCUUUAAGAUUGUUUCUCAGUUUGUGGGAGCAUGUCAAGCCAAGACAAGAUGGACUAGAUUUUUUCUCUGGAACAUUUUCUUUCUCUGCACAUUUAGUUCCAGGUGUCAGUAAAAGUACAAUCAUACUUAUAUGUGUGUAGUUGUAGCCUGUAGUUGCUGAUGUCAUCCUUGACAGAAUAGAAAUGGAUCUUUCUACUGAUGAUGUAUCAGUAGAAGUACACUGCAUAUAGAGAAGUGAUCAUCACACUGAAUUUUAGAUGCUAGUGCUUCUAGUUAGGCUAUAAUAACACUGAAAAGCAUUAUGUUAGUUCACAGAGCAUCUCAUCUUCAUGGCCAAUGUAGCAGCUUGAACCAGCUUGUUCAUACCCUAUGUUCUCACAUAGCUUCCCCCCAGCUUCUUGAUGUUGCUAUUGUUUGUUUCCAAGGUAGCUGCCUGAGCCAGCUCGUUCCUUGGACUUUCUGCUUGACGGAUCCCCUCACCUGCGCCAUAGACGCCAGGCAGUGACCAAGCUCCAAUCGAAAACUAAACAUUUACAUGUUCCAAGCUGGGUAAAAGGAGGCAAUACCAACAUCUAGCGGGGACAAACCAAGGGCCGAAUCGAGAGAGAGGGAGGGGGUUGAUGAUGUAGAUUAAGGCCAUUUGGUAGCAUGGAAUAGUUUGUUUAACCCUCCUGGCAGCAGCACUGUAGUUCUGGCUUCAGUUCAAAUAAUUUCAGUUAGUGGUGCUGAAUAUGGGUUCCAUAUUUCUGGUGUUGGGUGUUGUGACGACCUUUGAGGUUGUUCUGAAAGUUAAGGGUCUACUGAAUGAGUUAUUUUCUUAUGAUUUGUGGUUACAUGUGGUGUGGCAUAGUAGCAUUUUGAAGUUAGCUAAAUUAUUUGUUCGAUGAAAUGUUGAUCCUGUAAAUGAUCUGUUAUUGAGUUGCUCAAACUCCUACUGCUAUCAAGCUACUGCUGCUAAUAGAUCUCUGUUAAUAGACCUCUGGUCUGCAUGCUAAUACUAAUAUGCCCCAUGCACCAAGAAAUGCCUUAUGAUGUUGAUAUUAUCUUUGUUUGCAACAAGAAACACUGAUGCUUGAACAUCUGUUUAGUCUUCAGUGACUUCAUGGCCAAUGUAUGCCACAUGAUCCUAAAUUCUGUCACUACUCCCCUUGUUACUUAUUAAGAUAGCUUGUCCAUGUUCUUAACUAUUUUUUGUAAAUUAAUUAGGCUCUGUUUAAUUUGGUGGAGGCUCUGUAAUUCCUGUUUUGGUUCCUCUUGCUGGCGAUUAGUCAAGAUAGUUCAUUUGGCUGUUAAGCUUACUUCCUUGCCUGUUUCAUCCGAUCAUUCGCACGUGGGCUAUGAAGCAGCAGCCAGCAGCAGUGAUGCUUAUGUACAUGGACCGGCGAGGUUUGACCCCCGGCUAACCGUGGAUCGUUUGGGCCAGGCGUAGGCAUGGAUCAGGUUGGACUAACUGAUGGUGCGGGGAGUCGAGAUUACCUGUGCUCUGCUCCGCCCUGUUUGAAGUCCUAGUGUAACCAAGCUCACGGUCAACAAGAUGGUUGGGUGUAGGGGAAAGUAAGACUUUGGUGCUUUCGUGAUGACUAGGUGGGAUGAAAUUUUGACUCUUCCAGUUCAGAACCCACCAUCGUUGGAGUUCUCAGCAGCAGAUAUCUCGUGGUCAAUGGUGGAGGGCUGGAAGGAUUCUAUGGAUAGGCUUGCGCUGAUUCCAUAUUCAAGGGUGAAUGACUUUGUCAGAGGAGAGUCGAACAACAAAGAUUGCCCAACAAGAUUUCACGUUGAAGCACGGAGAAGGCGUCCUCCGACAAUGAACUGCAAGCCGAAAGUUGAUGGGAUACUUGAGUAUAUUCUGUAUUGGUGUUCUUUUGGCCCAGAUGAUUAUAGGAAGGGUGGUAAUGUACGGCCUAGCAGGCCCAUCUCAGAAAAGAGAAAAACACCUGCUGGCCGCCCUAAUACAAAGAGGGGCUGUGUGUGCCAUUUUAUUGUGAAGCGCUUGAUUGUUGAACCAUCUGUGGCUCUUGUGAUAUAUAACCAUAAUAAGCAUGUGGAUAAGAAAGGCAUGCCAUGCCAUGGUUCUAUGGACAAGAUGGCUGUAGGGACAAAGGCAAUGUUUGCACCAUACAUAUCUGAUGAGCUGCGUCUUCAAGUUAUGUCUUUGCUCUAUGUUGGUAUUCCAGUGGAGACCAUAAUGCAGAGGCAUACUGAAAUGGUUGAAAAGCAAGGAGGUCCAUCAAAUAGAGAUGAUCUUCUUACUCAUAGAUAUGUUAGGAGACUGGAAAGGAAAAUACGUCGUUCUGUUUAUGAGCUUGAUGAUGAUGACACUAUUAGUAUUGACUUAUGGGUUGAAAAUAACCAGGAUCAUGUGUUCUUCUAUGAAGAUUUUUCAGAUACAGACACCUUUGUCUUGGGCAUCCAGACAGAUUGGCAGCUACAGCAAAUGAUUCAGUUUGGCAGCCAUAGUUUAAUGGCUUCUGAUUCAAAGUUUGGAACAAACAAGCUAAAGUAUCCUGUACACAGCAUCCUUGUUUUCGACCAGCACAAAAAUGCAAUUCCUGUUGCGUGGAUUAUGACCCCCAAUUUUGCACAUGGUGAAAUACAUAAAUGGAUGGGUGCUCUUUAUGAUCGAGCUCAUACCAAAGAUCCUACCUGGCAAUUGGGUGGCUUUAUUAUUGAUGAUCCCUUGGCAGACGUUCGCACAAUAAGGGAAGUCUUCCAUUGCCCUGUGCUGAUCAGUUUAUGGCGUAUCCGGCAUGCUUGGCAUAAAAAUUUGGUUAACAAAUGUUCAGACAUUGAGAAGCGUUCAGCGAUGGCCAAACGUCUUGGAGAUGCAAUAUCUAGUAUAUGCAGAGGAAAUGGUGAUGUUGAAUUAUUUGAAGGUUUUCUGCAAGAUUUUGUCGAUUGUGCUGGGUUUCUAGAUUACUUUGAAGCUAGAUGGCUUCCAAGACUUGGGGCAUGGAUUACUGUCUUAAAAACCAUCUCAUUGGCUACAGCACAGGUAGCUUCAGCAAUAGAGAGUUACCAUCACCUGCUAAAACUUCGGUUGCUAAAUGAGGCAGAUAAAAGUGUCUACUGGCGUGCUGAUUGGUUGGUUCAUAAGUUGGGUACAAAGGUCCAUUCUUACUACUGGCUGGAUGAAUUCUCAGGAAAGAACAGCUUUUCACGCUACUGGAAGAGUGAGUGGAGCAGUGGACCAAACCCAUGGUGCCAGGGAAUGCAGAUUCCAGAUUCCGAUGUUGUCAUUGAAGGCAAUUAUGCCAGUGUGGUCAGCCAGAAGAAUAAGGAGAACUCCCAUGUCGUACUGAAUCCAGGUUCUGAGUUUGCAUUGUGCGAUUGUAGCUGGUCAAGGAAGGGGAACAUUUGCAAACAUGUAGUAAAGUCAGCAAAGGUCUGCCGUGACAGGGGAUUGGCACUGCCAUCGUUGGCCAUGUUCCACUAUUACCAGGCAUUGGCAAAUCUUGUUCAUUGUCCACCCAGUGACACUUUGAUUAGUGACCAUGCAAUGGCUGUGGCAGUUUCUGUUAAAACACAGUUAGAUGCAGUGUUGUGCGCUGUUAAUGGAACUUCUUCAACUAGGCCAGCUUUCCAGGAUCCACAAUCAAUAAAUAAGCCAAGAGAAUCUGAAACUGAGAAAGCCAACUCUGAGAAUGGUGUGUGCGCAAGUCAAUCCCAGCCUGAUGCUGGCGAUGAUGAAGAUCAGGACAUUCCAACUCGCAAGAAAAGAAAGUCGGGAAACGCUUCUGGUGACAGUGAAGAUGUUUCCAUAUAUCAGGACAGUCUGGCUAGCAAGAAACAUAAGUCAGGAGAAGCUUCUGGUGAUGAUGAAGAGGCCUCCACAGAAGAGGACAGUCGGGCUCGUGACAGUAGGAAGACAGGAGAAACUUCUGCUAACGAUAAAGAGGUUUCUGCAAGUCAGGACAGUAGAGAUCGCGAGAAGAGAGAGUCGGGAGAACCUUCUGUCAACGAAGGAACUUCAGCAUCUCAAGCCAUGCAACCUUCCGAGACUGAAACCAGCCAAGCAACCAAUGGACUAAACAAUGACAAGCUUAGAUUAGCUGAAGGGGCAAUUGGGACAUGACUUUUCAUGAUUGUUGUUAGGUUAGAUCCUCCCUCACUUCUGAAUGCACCUAGAACGCCUUGUGGGGCUUGUAAAUUUCGAGCUACUGAACAUAUGGAUCAGAUUGGAUGAUUCAAUUGUUGAAUUAACUAGCAACUGAGCUCUAAAAAAACAACUAGCGGCUUCUUGUGUUUCCAAAGUGUGGAAGGAAGCAUAAAUCAAUUUAUCCUUAUGAAAAAGGAGAUCGUGUAAAUUAUGUUAGGACAACAAUUCCAGUCAAACUGUCGUCACAACAACAAUAGCAAGUUCCGCUUUAACCGUCUGGCACAAUGUUGAACCUAA